AUGACCUCUUACUUCUCGUCCUUCACUGGAUCAUCAACCUCGCUCUCCAGUGCCCUGGGCUCGCGGCUCAAUAGCCUCCGCCGCGCCAUUACUCUAGGCGACGAGGGAGAUGACCCCGAAAACGAAGACAGCUCGCACAUCUCCAAUGCCCUCCGAGCCUACUAUAUAGAAAAGGGACGUCCUUUCCCUCCCUGGCUGCCUCCGGACCCCAAGACACCCCAAACUGCGCCGACCCGUGUCGUGGCAACCUCUCAGCUUCCCCAAGGAGGGUAUGGCCAGCCACCCGCCACCGCCGCCUACAGCCGGGGUGGAGGUCUAGGCGAUCUAUGGGGUGAUUCCGGUGCAUCGAAACCGGCAGCUGCGCAGACAGCCAGUCUCCGCCGUGGCCGGGGUGGCAAUGCUCCCCCGCUUGUUUCUAUGAACACCGCGCCGCCGGGUCCCGUUUCUACGCCUUCGCCACCGCUCGCACAAGCUCACUCGCACUCUCCCGGACCGUCAGGUGGUCUGCAUCCCCAGGGAGCCCGACCUCUACCUAGCCAGCGACUUGGGUCGCACCAGCCCACGGCCUCUACGCGCGUGUCCCAAGAGCGGACUGGAUCGGCACAAGAGCGACUGCGGGCAAGGCUCCAAGGUGGAAGGUCUCCGAGCCCGAAUAUUGAUCCGAGUGUGAGGAAGCCGGUGGGAUCAUCGGGGAGACCUUGGUGA